AAACCAUGUAUUUUAAUUGAAUAGUCAUUGAAUAGGCAUCUUUUUUAAAAAAAAGAAAUACUUACCUUAUAUUUCUACUUUGAAUCACAUAUGCGAAGCUAAUGAAGACAGAUAUUCUCUGAUGUUACGGUUUUGAAAGUUAAGGAAUGUGAAUAGCGUAUGUUAGUCAUCUUUCUAUUAUAGCUUAGGUGAAUCAAACUAGAAGUGUUUAGAAACGAAUGAAAUUCGGCUGGAUGAAGAUAUAAUGCAAAACAAGUAGUUCCUUUUGCUUGUUUCAAACUAAACUUCGUCUAUGAUGUUUUAUUUUAUAUCCAAAUAUCUUUAACCCUCUAAUUUUCUUAGGUUUCUAGAUAAUUCUUCUCUCUCAAAUAUUCUUUUGUCACUACAACUCACAUUUACCUUUAUGUUAACAUGAUGAAAAUGAUUUAACAUUUUAAGCAUCAGCAACUAUUAUAUCGAGUAAUCUUUUCAUUAUUGCUCUUGACAUCAAAUUUAUAGCCUGUAACUUUCAGUGUAGAAUUAAUGUUUUGAUUUGUUUACACGAAUAACUCUAGUAUAUGAUGAAGUUAUUGGAAAUGCCAACAAUUUUUGGUCCCACACAGAAUUCAUACUUUUCCAACUCAUCAAUCAGAACAGUAGGAAGGCCAGCCAGAAUGGCAAUGUUGGUAUGGAUACCCCAUUAGUUGAUGAUGAAGGCUACCCACGCUCUGAUAUUGAUGUGGCUCUUAUACGAAUAACGCGAAACAAUAUCUAUUGUUUAAAUACAGAUCAUAAACAAAUAAUGCUUGAAUUGGAAAGUGUUUUACAUGAAAUACAUGAAUAUGCUCGUCAAAAUCCAUCUAAAAAUGUUUUAACUGAUGGAAAUGCUUGUUCCAGUGAGAAUAAACUAAGUGAAGAUCAAUCCGCACAGAUUGUGAAGAAACCUUUCCUUAAAAUUGAUCAGAUAUCACCUAAUUCAAUAGCGGAACAAGCAGAUUUAAAAGUUGGAGAUCGAAUAGUUCAAUUUGGCUCAGUAUCUGCUGACAAUUUCAAUUCAUUACAAGAUAUAUCUACUGUCUUUAGAAAUACAUCUCCCGGUAGCUGUAUUCACAUGUCCAUUGUUCGCGGCGACAGUAUGAUAAAUGUGCUUUCUAUUUCGUUGUUGAAACCAGCUGAAAAUGCCAGUAUAGGGAUGCACGUUGUUCCUAUUUAUAGUAAAAAUGAUUCGAUGUAAACUUUCUGUUAUGUGUAUUCGUUGUUGAUGAACAAAGAUUCUUUUUGAUAUAUAUAUAUAUA